AUGCAAAUGCGUGCACGUUUUGGUCAACGGAACGCACCUGUUGAAUGUUCCAGCAACAGAGAGAAACGCUCUGGUCCUUUGGAAACGCGCAUUGUGCAGCAAAUGGAUGACGAUUUAGGAGCCUUGAUUGUCCACGACCAGUUUUCUGGCAAGUGGUUCUAUAAGAUGCGUGGGACAGCGAACCGCGUAGCGCGACUUUUGUGCCUUCGUUGCCAUGGCAACAGCAACGCAAUAGAAACAGGUAUUUUGAUGGCCUCAAUCACUUAUGUUGAAUCAAGCCAGUGGGAUACAGACCAUCGCUUGAGGGAGUUCCUGCGAAUUGUGAAACUUUCUGCAUGCGAUUAUGCCUUGUGCUUUCUGGCUUUCGGACAGUGUCCGGCUAUCGACGCUUUGUUCCGCCAGGAUUCCGUUUCAUCAGGCAAUACAGAAGCCAUCCUGAACUCCUCUUUUAUUCCAUCUGGUACAACUAUUCCAGUCACCACAGCGUCUCCAACCAACGAUGAAGCACUUCUCAAAUUUUCACAAGGAAACUACUUACUGAAAACUCCUCGUCAGCUCACGCCCGGUUUCGCCCUUCUUGGGGCUCAUCAGCGUUUCGAUGAGACUUCGCCCCUAACUGGACAGGAUACAUUUGCCGUUGAACCGGAUGCUACUGAGGCUUUCUGUUUCUCUUCGAGUUCACAUGCACAGCGUCUAAAACAGCGCCGACUAAAACACCAUCAUGUUUCUAUGGAAUUCGGAAUACACCAUCCUUUACCUUCAUGUCCAUUAGACUGCUUCUGGGCGGCAAACUGUCUGACCACUGGCCAACGCUGUUGGUCACGCGCGAAUCCAGACGUGGACCCAGAGGUCGAUAAUCGUGAUUUGCAGGCUGGGCCCACUUUCUCGCGUCUAUCCCAAGACUCAGCAAACUUUCUCACCCCUGUUUUAGCUCACCGACCAUCCGAGAGCCUCAGGGUUGAUAGCAUUUGGUCUCACCCAUGGUUUCGACGAGGACUUUUGCGGCGGCUGACUCCCGUUGCUCCGCCACCGAGAGCUGUAUCCACCAACCGUGAGACACAUCGAGAGAAUCUUGAAUCUUUGGUACCCUAUAGAGCUUUAUUGCCUCCUGAGGCUCCAGUUCCCUCAUCACAACGCGUUUACACGUGUCUAACGCAGGCGGACCCGACUGCCAACGAUCUGCGUUUGUCGCAGCCCGCUGAUAUGACCAGCAUUCUGAUGGUUAGUCAAUCCGCCAAUCCGGACUUAGAUUUUUCUGUUUGA